AAAUGACAUGACAAGUUGUUGUUAAAAAUGGCAGCGAUUGGAAUGUGCGAAACACCCGGCUGCAAAUCAAUUGCACAAUUACAAUGCCCGACGUGUAUCAAGCUCGGUAUUCAGGGCUCAUUCUUCUGCAACCAAGACUGCUUCAAGAAAUCAUGGAAGUCACAUAAAGUUAUCCAUUCUUUAGCCAAGGGUGAAAAUAAAGAUGGGACAAAUGGGGAGUUUAAUCCUUGGCCGUCCUUUAAUUUUACUGGGAAGUUGAGGCCUUAUCCUGCUGGGCCUAAAAGGACUGUGCCCCCUCACAUUGGGCGUCCGGACUAUGCUGACCAUCCUACAGGGUUUCCGACUUCGGAGAACGCCGUGAAGGGGUCAGGGUUGAUCAAAGUGUUAGACGAUGAGGAGAUUGAGGGAAUGCGAGUGGCGUGCCGGCUUGGUAGGGAAGUGCUUGAUGAGGCUGCAAAAGUAUGUGAUGUUGGAGUGACAACCGAGGAAAUAGAUCGUGUUGUCCAUGAGGCAUGCAUAGAACGAGAAUGCUAUCCCAGUCCGUUGAACUACCAUCAGUUCCCGAACAGUUGUUGUACGUCUGUAAAUGAGGUUAUAUGCCACGGGAUACCUGAUUUACGUCCUUUGCAGGAUGGAGACAUCUGCAAUGUGGAUGUUACGGUAUACCACAGAGGCUUCCACGGUGACCUGAACGAGACAUUCUUUGUUGGCAACGUUCCUGAAUCCAGUCGUAAACUCGUCCAAGUCACGUAUGAAUGCUUGCAGAAAGCCAUUGAUAUAGUGAAGCCGGGUGAAAAGUAUAGGGAGAUUGGUAAUGUGAUUCAGAAGCAUGCCCAAGCGAACGGACUGAGCGUUGUGAGGUCUUAUUGUGGUCAUGGUAUUCACAGGCUGUUUCAUACUGCGCCAAAUGUGCCGCAUUAUGCAAAGAACAAAGCGGUAGGGGUAAUGAAGCCAGGCCAUUGUUUCACUAUAGAGCCGAUGAUCAAUGAGGGAGGCUGGAGAGACGAGCAGUGGCCCGAUCACUGGACCGCUGUCACCGCUGAUGGUUCCCGUUCAGCACAGUUCGAACAAACACUUCUAGUUACGGAGACCGGCUGUGACAUACUGACAAAACGUGGUACCGGCCGGCCCUGGUUUAUGGACCAACUGGAGAAACUCAACGGCAACUCCUAGUUAAUUACGGCUUUUUGACGUCACAGACGAACAUACGUAAAUACCUUUUUAUUUUUAUAGUUUCAACUGUGUCGCUACUGGUCCUUAAAAUUAAAUAGUGUAACUAGUUUUCACCCGCGGUUCCGCGCGUGAGUAGUUACUCCGUACUAUGAACUAUAUGUAUGCAAAAUUUCAUACAGACCAGUUGAGAUGGACAGACAAACUAAAAACACGAUUUUGCCACUAACUUGACCAGUGUCAGGGAUAGGGAUUUAACCCAUAAUACAUACAUAUAACUUGUGGGGUAGGCAGAGCAAGUCUUGAAAAAGCCUUGAAAAUGUGUAUUAUACACCAUAGAAGCGACAAUAAAUAAACUAUAUUUACUAUGUAUGUUUCUGUGACUUCAAAUUGAGGUCAAUGCCCUCCGUCCACUGAGGUGAUAGGAACAAAAAAUUUUUCGAUUUCAUAGAAAUAGUGGACUUCCAUGUAAGAAAUCAUUUUUGUAAUUCAUUGCAUCAUUUGACAAAAUAUAUGACAUCAUCAUUCCAUUUUUUGCAAACGUUACCUGAUUGGUCAAUUUUUUUUUCUGAAAUUUAAAUUUCUACAACAUCCAACAUCACAUUAUCAGUAAAAUUGUUUUUUUUUUUCUAAU